UGAGCUGGUGCCUGGCGAUAGUGAAGACCGAACACCGAAUAUACAGACUCCAACCAUUGCCCCGGGGGGGCAGGAAACAGAAGCAUCCCGAUGCAUGGACUCUAUCAUACCUUUCCAGGCUUGGCUUUAGGAUCUCCGAAGCUAUCGACGGCAAUAAUUCAGGGUUUAUCAGAAUUAGCGAGGCUAACGAGUUCACAGCAUGGAUGCCGAAGGGUUGGAGUUUACCUCAGUGGUGUACAUUUCAUACUAUAGGAUGGGUGCACGAGAUGAACAUAUACAAGAUGCGAAUGAAUGGGAUUUUCUUGAGGAUGUGUCAGCUCGGUUCGAAAGGUUUGCCUUCCAAUUGCUGGUACAUGCUCCAGGCCAUUUGCAAUAUCGAUCACACCUUGUUCCAUCUUUUUUGCCCAACUGAACUGACGGAGAUGCCCUUCAUUCCUGAUGAGAUGCGUAGAUUAGUUCAGGACAAAGUUAAGCAGCAAGAUGCGCAGUACCGUGCUUCCCUUAAGACCUUGAAGUUCACGAUCGACUCCCCAAUGAAUGUUGAUAUCAUCUUCAAAGGGCAGUCUCUCGAAUCCGGACGAACGAGCGUCCGAUUUCUCACCGACAGGGGCAUAGUGAACUCGGACGGGCCCAAACCGGCAAGUCCACAAGAGGGCCCAGCAGUGCAGGACACAAAUAUCGGCGCUAGGCUGAAUAACCUCGAGGUGUCUGUCAAAUCCCUAGAGUCCGGGAUGGCAGAAAUGAAGGGCUUGCUUGAGGAAAUACUCAGAAACCAAAAUGCUGGUCAACAGGGCAAUACUAAAACCCAAGGACUUGAACCCGAGAAGGUGCCAGAUCUUAACGCCCAUUCUCUGAGGACCGCAGAAAGCCCCGCCCCUGGCAUACAGGUAUCAAUCCCAAAGCGCGACGAGAACUGCGACGGGACAUACGCAGUGUCAGAUGUGGACUCGGACGAGGUCUCGGGUGUCAACCUUUCUGCUCCGUCGCCUCAAGCCGAAUUUCAAUUGCAAGAUUCGAACGUCAACGAGGACGAGGAGGCGAAGGAAGGUGGGCAGUCUGCGCCACCUGACGCGGGCGCGGAGAAGGAUCCCGACAUCGAUUCGUCUGCACCGCCGCAAUCAGAGCAUCAGUCAGAGCAAGGGGACGACGCGGCUCCUUGUCCUCAGGUACAAAACCACCAGGACCAGGACGACCCGGACCUUGUUCGAGAUUGUGGCAGCGGACAGCUCAGUGACAGCCAAUACCAAAGUCGCCACGCAGGGGAGAUUCAAGGAGCCGACGAGGGCGAGUACAAUGGAAGAGCGUAUAGGCAAGAAGGGCAAGGUGGUAGAGGAGAUAGAGAUGAGCAGGUGCCAGAGAAUGACGGGUCUGGAGGCGGAUAUCCUAAUGACGAUUUUUAAA